AUGGCAGAGAAGCACAAGGAAACCUGGUCGGCCAUUCAAGGGUGCGGGAGGAACUUCUGGGAGGCGGUCGCCAAUAAACCAGUUCGUCUGAUGGACAGCAUCCAUAUAGACCAGGAGGUCAAGGACGAACGGCUAGAAGACCUGACGCGAUACUUGAGCGGACGAAAGGAGUUCAACAAGACAGACAUCCCGUAUCGACGUGACUACUUGCUCUACGAUCCUCUAGGCUGUGGAAAGUCUCGAUAUCAUUAG